CUGUGGGCUUGAGCCGCCAAGCUGAAGCCGCGGGUCCCGCACGGGGCGGUCGUCGGGUCAGCCGUGGACCAGGGGAGGCCCGAGGGCCACCAGCGAUGCCAAGAGUGGAGCACGGCCCGGCGAAGGCCAAAACGCGGCGGCUGCCAGGCACUGAUAGGAAGAGGCGCCACCUCAGCAGGACAAGGCAAGACCUGUGGGAAGAAACCAGCUGGAGGGACCAAAGAUGGAGCCGAGCUGCCCCCAGCCCUGGAGAGGCCAGGGCUAGGGGCCCAGCUUGUGGCCGGGGCGAGGCCAGUCCUGAGAAUGCAGCACGGGAGCGCAGCCGGGUGCGGACCCUGCGCCAGGCCUUCUUGGCCCUGCAAGCCACUCUGCCCGCCGUGCCACCCGACACCAAGCUCUCCAAGCUGGACGUGUUGGUGCUGGCCACCAGCUACAUUGCACACCUCACUCGCACUCUGGGCCACGAGUUGCCCAGCCCCGCCUGGCCACCCUUCCUGCGUGGGCUCCGCUACCUGCACCCACUCAAGAAGUGGCCCAUGCGAUCUCGUCUCUAUGCCGGAGGCCUGGGAUGCUCUGGCCUUGACUCCACAGCAGCCAUCACCUCUGGCCGAAGAACAAAGGAAGCAGAGGUGGGGUCCCAAGUCUCUGGAGAGGCAGAUGUUCUCCUCACCAUGCCCCUCUCGCCUGCUCUUGUUGACAAAUGACGGUCACACUCAUCCCAUUCCCCUACACUUUAACUCUCGAUUAGGGACCUGGAGUUGGUACCAGCCCCUACCUGUCUUCCCUCUGACUCUCGGCCAGUGGAUUUGACUCAGGCCCAGCUUCCGAGUUCCAGCAGGCAGACCGGGGCAGGCAGUAGGCACCUCAGUGGUGAAGAGUUCCCAGGA